UGCACCAAUUCUUCAAAAUCAACCAAAAUUUCCAACAUAACAUUGUUCUCUCUCUUUUUUCCUUGAAACAAUUUGAAAUAAAGCUUGAAAACCCUAGCAUAUCAGAUUCAUAAACUCCGUUAUUAUUUGACACAACAUUUGCAGAUCCAAACAGGUUUUGUUUCAUUUAAUCAUUUUAUGCGUAAGCUAUCAAGUAUCAUGGUUGAUGAAGAGGCAGAAUCUUGGGAGCUGUUAGAUAGCUAUAACCACGAAUGUUAUUCCAAAACCACGGGCUUUAAGAAAGAUAUAUGAACGUUUAAAAGUUCAUAUCAUAGCUUGAAAAGUAGGAAUGCAAAUUCUGGGAACAGUGAUUUGUAUUUAAAAAUGUCUGGUUAAUUGGCAUGAAUCAUAGAUGUUGGGCGGGAGAAUCUGUUACUCAAUGUGAAUUCACGUCUAUUUAUAAUUAAGCUGAUUGCCAUGUGCGAAACUGUUCAAGAAAUUGCCAUUUACAUCCAUAAGUUUCACAACCUUGACCUUUUUCAACAAGGAUUCUAUCAAAUCAAGGUUAGCAUGAGAUGGGAAGACCAUGAAUAUGCUUCUUUGGGAACUCCUGCUAGGGUUGUUCAAUAUGAAGCUCAUGAUUUGGAUUCGAAGGAAAUUGGUGGGGCAUGGAAGAUAAAUGACAUAGACAAUAGUUUUUUAACACAGCCUUUUCCAAUUAAAUACGCGAGGCAAGAUGUUUGUUUAUCAGUCAUGGUCUCAUUCGUUCUAUCUCUUUGUAAUAAUAAGGUUCCACCCACAUCUGCUGUUAUUUUGAAAUUCGAGCUCAUGCAAGCCCCCGUGGCAGAGGAUAGGCUUGAGUCUGUAGCAUUUCUGGAAGCUUCUUCUGUUGCUGUUCAUGAAUUUAGAAUUCCUCCUAAAGCUCUUCUGGGAUUGCAUUCUUACUGCCCUAUCCAUUUUGAUGUAUUUCAUGCUGUGCUAGUCGAAGCAAGUGUUCAUGUCAGUAUACUUAAAUCAGGCUAUUACUCGAAGUUAUCCAGUGAUCCUUACACACUUGAAGAUCUUGCUGGUGAAAUUAUUGAUAGGUCCAAUCAACCAGUGGGCCCAGGAGCCUUUGCAAGCAUGAAUCAGAUUAUGGAUGUUAAAUCAUUGUUAGUUUCUCGUGAUGCUUUACUCGAAGAGCUACAGAGACUUAGCAAAUCUAUUGACCAAGUAAUUGAUUUAACUGAUUUUGUAUCCAAAAUGAAUAAUGUGAAGAUGUUCGAUUCCAUCUUGCGAGCAGACUUGGGUAAUGUAUAUGGUGAACUUGGCGGGCGAGGCAAGCUACAUAACAAUUUUGAGAAAGCAAAUGGCACCCAAGGUGAUAGGAUACCCUACUUCUUAGCCAAGGAAGCUGUGGUGCAAAUAUUUCAUUUAUUGGGUGCUCAGUUGUCAUACUUAUGGAGCACAUUUCUGCAGUUCCACAGGGCAAACAAAACAAAGAUACUGGAAUUUUUGCGUGAUGCAUGGGCUAAGGAUCGCAGAGCUGAAUGGUCAAUAUGGAUGGUGUACUCUAAGGUUGAGAUGCCUCAUCAUUACAUAAGUAGUGGAAAUCAUGAUUCUUCCCACCAUAUUGUUGACAAAAGAGUUUCAAAUUUCUGGAAGUUAGCUGAUGAUCCUGUCCAGAUUGCAGCUACACGAGCUGAGCUUCAUCGACGGAGUAUUGGCCAAAUGAAGAUUAAUACUCGGUCAAUUCAAGACAUGUAUAUUUUUGGAGAUCCUUUGCGAAUUCCUAUAAUCUUUGUGGAGCGCGUCAUAAAUGCACCACGACGUACCUUUAGUGAAAAUUCUUACUUUAGAAAUUUGGACAUGUUAGAUUCACCGGGCUUAGUCAGCGGACCUGGUACUGAAGCAUUGAAGAAGUUUCCUCGUGGUAUUUCACGAAAAAGAAGACGCGAGUUAAAAAUUGUUGUCUUCGUACAUGGUUUUCAGGGGCAUCAUCUGGAUUUACGACUUGUUCGAAAUCAAUGGCUUUUGAUAGACCCAAAGAUAGAAGUUCUUAUGUCACAGGUAAAUGAAGAAAAAACAUCUGGAGACUUCAGAGAAAUGGGACUUAGGCUGGCAGAGGAAGUGAUCUCUUUCCUUAGAAGGAAAGUUGAAAAGUUCUCAAAAUCUGGUGGUCUAAGAGAAAUCAGGAUUAGCUUUGUUGGGCAUUCUAUUGGAAAUGUCAUUAUAAGAGCAGCAUUAGCAGAGCGCACCAUGGAACCAUUCCGAAGAUACCUCUACACAUAUGUUUCUAUAUCUGGUCCUCAGUUGGGGUAUCUUUAUAGUUCAAACUCUUUAUUCAAUUCCGGGAUGUGGUUUAUGAAGAAAUUCAAGGGAACACAAUGCAUUCAUCAGCUUACUUUCACGGAUGACCCAAUUUUCCAAAAAACUUUUUUCUACAAACUUUGUGAGAAGAAGACAUUAGAGAAUUUCAGACAUAUAAUACUGAUUUCUUCUCCUCAGGAUGGUUAUGUGCCAUAUCAUUCAUCGAGACUUGAAUUAUGUCGAUCUGCUUCCAUGGAUUACUCGAAAAAAGGCAGAGCAUUCCUGGAGAUGCUGAACAAUUGCUUGGAUCAGAUACGGGCCCCAACGUCCGAUCAACGGGUGUUCAUGCGCUGUGAUGUUAACUUUGACACCUCUUCCUAUGGCAAGAACUUUAAUUCAUUCAUCGGGCGGGCAGCUCAUAUAGAGUUCCUGGAGUCUGAUGUUUUUGUACGGUUCAUAAUGUGGUCUUUUCCGGAACUAUUUCGUUAAGGAACUUAAUCCUCUGUGCUCGUUGUCAGUUCAGGCUGCCCCACCAAGCUUUAAUUCAGAAACUACGACUUGGUCAUAAAUUGGAUAAGUUAGAGACCCAGCAUUAACUUAACUAUUGACAUGUUAUUUAAUUUUAUUUUUGUCACAAGCCGGUGAAACCCAUGUAACAUGGACAUUUUUCAUGUAUAGAUGGACCGGUGCGAUU